AUGGGAUAUCAGCAUUUCACCCAUAGAUGCUUAUCAAGAAAAAAAAAAAAAAUCCGCCAUUGGCAUCUCUUGACACCUCUUCACUUUGAUGAAGAAAGUGAAGAAAUCAAGUGCAUGGCCUGUGAAAGACUAAUUAUUGCUAUUGAACCGUCUCAUGGUUGCCUUUCAUGCAAAUAUUUCCUCCAUGACCAAUGCCUCAAUCUAACACGCUGGCGUCGCCACACAUCUCACAAUUCUCACUCACUAACCCUCCUUCCUACCCCAACAUAUUCUUAUGGGUCCUAUUCAUACGAUGCAUGUGGGGUUCCUAGAAGCUCCUUCAGCUUUAGCUGUGCUCAAUGUGAGUUUGAUUUGCAUACCCAUUGUGCCGAUUUACCUAGCACAGUCAUUAUUGAUGCACACCCUCAUGAGCUUAAACUCACCUUUGAUAUUCCUUAUGAUGGGAAUGGGAACAUUUCCAUUGUGCGUGAUGAGUACGGUGGAGUGGACAAGAGUUUUUGGACCUACAAAUGUGUUGAUUGUGCGUUUGAUUGGCAUUUGAACUGUGUGAAGACUGAUCAAGGGACAGGAUUAAAUCAAAACCAGCUAGAGACACAGGAAAUGGUGGGUGGGCAACCAAAAGGAGCUAAUGAUGCAUUGGAUCCAAUUAGGCAAGCAGCAAAUCAGAUGAUGGAAGAUCAGCUUGAGAUGAUGAGAUUGCAAAAUCAGUUGAACAGAACCAGACUGAUGGCAUCCGCAAAUCUAAUGACGUGGGCAUGGCGUUGGCUUGAUUACGUCAACUAAAUUUCAAUAUAGUCAUCUUUGUUUGUCUUCGUUUAGUUUGCAUGACUUCCAACAAAUUAAACGUCAA